AAAAAAAAUAAAAUAAAAUAAAAUAAAUAAGAUCUAAAGAAAAAAAAAACAAAAUAACUCAAAAUGCAAUUCAAUCUUGUACUCUUCUUUUUAGCCUUAUUCGCCGUGCUUUCCCUUGGAGCAACUGUAAGAAAAAAUGAAGGAACUUCUGUAAAAAGACGUUCCAAUGAUUAUGGUGACGACGAUGGUUAUGGUCAUAAACUUAGAAGACGUAAUGAUUAUGGUGAUCAUGAUGAUCAUGAUAAUUAUGGUGGUUACGAUAAACGUAAACUUAGAAGACACAAUGAUUAUGGUGAUCAUGAUCAUGAUAAUUAUGGUGGUUAUGAUAAACUUAGAAAACGUAAUGAUUAUGAUGACCACGAUGGUUAUGGCCACAAACAUGGUCACAAACAUGGUCACAAACAUGGUCACGGACGUUAUUAAUUCUUUUCUUAAAAUUCACUCUUACGAAUUGCUUAAAUAGAAAUUACAGUAUUUUUGACUAGUUUUUAUUUUAGCUAUAAAUUUCUAAGGAUUUAGUCUUGAAAUUUUUUUUUUUAUUUUUUUGAAACGA